CAGAAGAAACAAAAUCACAGAUGAAAAACAGUAAACACACUUUUUGUCCUCCACAAGGAAUAUUGAAUGUAAUUAUUACAAAUGGACCAGAGGCCAAGGAGGACAGAACGGUUUCUGGGGAUGGGCCCCAGGCAUCUCUGUCCUGAGCUUCCUUAGGAUCCUACUCCCCAAACUCGGAUACAGCACUAAAUGACAGCCCCAGUGAUGGUGCAACUGGCCCCAGGUACAGACUUGUUGCAGGGGCAGAGCCACCACAGAGAACCUUUGCUAAGGCAAUGUUGAACAGAAAUAUGGGAUUGAAGCUGCCACAGAAAAUCCCCACCAGGGCAAUGCCCAGUGGAUCCAUAGGAGAAGGACCACCACCAGGACAAAAGAACUGUAGAGCCAUUGGCAGCAUGCAAGAUCAGCCUGGAAAAUCUGCUCAUAGCUAGAAGGAACUUGCCUUGAAUUUCAGAUGAGAGUAUAUAGACUUUUACUUUUGAAUUGGUGCUGGAACGAGUUAAGUCUUUUUGAAUUAUUGAGAUAAAUUGAUUGUAUUUUACAAUGUGAGAAGGACAUGAGCUUUGGCGGGCAGGUGCAGAAUGCUAUUAUUUGGAUCUUUCUGCCAGAACUCAUGUUGGAAUGUUAAGAGGUAGAGCUUAAUGGGAGGCAUUGGGGACUUGGGGGCUCCACCCUUAUGGGCAGCUUGGUGCUGAUCUCAGUAGUGAGUUCUUUCUCUCAUGAAACUAGAUUGGUUCUUGGAGGAAUGUAUUAGUUACCAUGACAAUGGAUUGUCAUAAAGCAAGGUUGCAGCUCAUAUUUAGCCUCUUGGCACACUCCCACUUUCCCUUUGACCUUCUGCCGUGUUGUGAUGCAGUACCAAAGCCCUUACCAGAAACCCAGUAGAUGCCAGCAUCAUGCUUCUUGAACUUCUCAGCCUGCAGAACUAUGAGCUAAAUAAAUCUCUUUAUUAAUUGCCCAGUCUCAGAUGAAGGCCUCUGGUGUGCAAUGUUGAAUAGAAGUGGUAAAAACAGACAUCUUUGCAUUUUUCUAGUCUAGCAGGAGUUACACUCUCUAUGAUAUGGUGUAUAAUGUGGUCAUGCUCAGGCUCUGAAGCUCUCCCUGGUGGAAAUUUAUUUGGACUGUUAAUUAUUUUUUAUAGUGCUUUUCUUGGGGGGAAACUUUUGGAAAUCAUUAGAAUACCUUCAGUGCCUCCACUUCCACCUCUUCUUGGGAUGUUACUGGCUGGUUUUAUUAUUAGGAAUAUUCCAUUCAUCAGUGACCACGUCCGAGUUCAAACCAAAUGGUCUUCAACUUUAAGAAACACUGCCCUUACCGUUAUCCUAAUACGAGCUGGGCUUGGACUCGAUCCACAGGCUUUGAAGACUUUGAAGAAAGUUUGUUUAAGAUUGUCUAUGGGUCCAUGCCUCAUGGAGGCAUGUUCAGCUGCUUUUUUCUCCCACUUCAUUAUGAAAUUUCCCUGGCAUUGGGGAUUUCUAUUAGGUCUGUCUUUCAGUUUUGUGCUAGGUGCUGUCUCUCCUGCUGUUGUUGUCCCUUCCAUGCUGAGUUUGCAAGAGAGAGGAUAUGGCAUCGAAAAAGGCAUCCCAACCUUGCUGAUAGCUGCUAGCAGCUUAGAUGACAUCGUGGCUAUCACUGGAUUCAAUACAUGCAUGAGCAUAGUCUUCUCAGAAGGUGGUAUAAUUAAUAACAUUCUAUCCUCUGUACGGGACGUAUUUAUUGGUGUGCUGGCAGGAAUUAUUUUGGGAUUUUUUGUUCACUAUUUCCCAAGUGAAGAUCAGGAAAAACUUCCAUCAAAGAGAGCAUUCCUUAUUUUGUGUAUCUGUGUUUCUGCCGUCUUAGGCAGCCAACGUAUUGGUUUACACGCAUCUGGAGGAUUAUGCACACUAAUGUUGACUUUCAUUGCAGGGAAAAAAUGGUCCAAGGAAAAGAUUGGAGUCCAGAAAAUUCUUGCGAAUACAUGGAAUAUUUUUCAACCACUUCUUUUUGGUUUAGUUGGAUCAGAAGUAUCUGUUUCAGCUCUUGAACCAAAUACUAUUGGCAUUUGUGUUGCUACAAUGAGUUCAGCAUUAUGUGUUCGAAUUUUAACCACUUAUGUAUUGAUGUCUUUUGCUGGUUUUAGUUCUAAGGAGAAAAUAUUUAUUGCUUUAUCAUGGAUGCCCAAAGCUACAGUCCAGGCUGUAUUAGGUCCUCUGGCUCUAGAAACAGCAAGAGUGUCUGCACCCCACUUGGAAUCAUAUGCAAGGAAUGUGAUGACAAUAGCAUUUUUAGCCAUCUUGAUCACGGCUCCAAAUGGAGCUCUACUUAUUGGCCUACUGGGGCCCAAAAUACUUGCACGUCAUUAUGAUCCAAGAAAAUUAAAACUGCAAUUGUCGGAUCUCGCGCAUCAUUAAAAUGUUUAUUUGUCAUUA